AUGAGCAAAGUAGGAGUUGAUCAUGAUGAGGACCCAGUGAGGUCUAGCGAGGACGAACAUAUGUUGGAUCGCGGGUGUGGGAAUUUAUCUGGACAUCAUGAUGUGGAUCCUGAUUACGAGGAGGAAGUGGCAGUAAAUACGAAAAAUAAAUUAUUCGAUCGUGUUGGAGAGCAGCGGCACGAAGGAGCUAAUUUUGCAUCGAAAUUCUUACGUGGGAAUGGAAUAACACUACAAAAGGUGCGCGACGAAAUUUUCAAGAUGCGCGGUAAGCCUGAUAUGUACUUCUUCAGUCCCGAGCAUCCUCCUCUAACCGAAGCCGCUCAAACGACCCUUGAUUGGGCUAUCGACGAAAAGCUUAAAUCUGGGGAAAACGGGGAGAUUACGACGAGUCAUCUACUGCUUGGAUUAUGGAAGCAAGAAGAAUCGCCAGGUCAUCAAAUAUUGGUUGCGUUGGGAUUCAAUGAUGACAAAGCUAAAGAGCUUCGUUCUUUCAUAUCCGAACCUACAUUUGAAGGGGACUCGUAGUUUCUCGCAGAAAGAUCGAUUAUUUGUUUGUAGCGAUGAAAUUAAUUUCACAUGAAUCACGACACUGCUACUAUUCAGGUGCCC